AUGGUGUUCGAUCACAAGACCAAGUCUGCAAACCAUCAUACCUCGGAUAGCUUUGUCGAUGAAAAGACUAGCAUGGCGCAUGAUGCAGAUAUCGAGGCAUGGAGGGUAGGCACAUUAGGAACACUUGAUCUCAUCUCCGAGGGAGACAUCUUGGCUCUGAAAACGACAGGCGGUGGUCCAGCCGUCUCAUCAGCAUUCAGCAAAGGCGAGCUUCCACCCCAGCAAAUGCUCGACGCCCUAGAUGAGAUAGCGACCCAAUGUAAAGCACGCAAUGUCCAGAUCAUCAUCGACGCUGAGUCUCAGCACUGGCAAGAAGGCAUUGCUCGCACGACACUCGAACUAAUGCGCAAGUUCAACCGCAAUGGUAAAGCUGUCAUCUACAACACAUACCAAGCCUACCUCAAAGACACACCCACAGUCCUCGCACACCAUAUGGCCGAGGCGGAAAGAGAUGGGUUUACUCUUGGUCUCAAGCUCGUGCGUGGUGCAUACAUUCUCUCCGACAACCGGUCCUUGAUCCAUGACACCAAAGAAGACACAGAUAACGCCUACAAUACGAUAGCACAGGGUGCGCUUCGUCAGCAAAUAGGCAGCUUCGGGGCAUCUGGAUCAUCUGCCCGCCGGUUUCCUUCUGUAAACCUCUUCCUCGCUUCUCACAACCGCGAAAGCGUGCUCUCGGCCCACAAGCUCCACCGACAGCGCUCGGAAGCCGGUCUACCUACUGUUCCCGUCGCUUACGGACAGCUUCACGGCAUGUCAGAUGAAGUCAGCUUUUCCUUGUUAGCGGAGAAGGGGGCAGGUGGCAAGAAGCCUGAGGUGUUGAAAUGCACCACUUGGGGUAGUAUGGGCGAAUGUGUGGGGUACCUACUUCGGAGGGCUGUGGAGAAUCGCGAUGCCGUGUUGAGGACUAAGGAUGAGUUUACCGCAUUGAAGAAAGAAGUUAGGAGGAGGUUCUUCUGGGCGUGA